UCGUCGUCGUCGUCGCCGUCGUCGUCGUCGUCGUCGUCGUCGUGUUGUUGUUGGUUUGCCUUGUGAAACGGGGAACUUGACGCGCGACGUCCGGAUGACCCGGAGAACGACGCCGAUCUUCCUUGGCCGGAACGAGAGACGCAUCGAGGAAGAAAGAUAAGAAGAGAAAGAGAGACGUGUAUAUAUAUUUAUAUAUAUAUAUAUAUAUAUAUUAUAUUAUAUAUAUCUAUAUAUAUAUCGUGGAGGAGAGAAGUGCGGACCGGGCGCGACGCCGACCGUCUCGACACAACCGCGUAUACGUAAAACUCGACAAUCCGUCAAAGUUUAACCCGCCGCCGAAGGCACCAUUUUUCCCUUUGCCCUCUAUAUUGUGUAUACCAGAUUUUAGAAACUGAGGUAAUUAGUGUGAGUGCGGAACGCGCGGAGCAAUAUACAAGGAACGGACGAUAGAAGAUCGGAGGUAAGCGUGUAAGCGGUGCAAGAGCGAGAGGGAAAGAAAGAAAGAGAGAGAGAGAGAAAGAGCGAGAGAAGGAACAAAACGGAGCGUGUGGAGUUAAAACUGCCGAACGAUACGCGCAGAAGGACAAAGACCACAGCGUCGGCAUAACCUCAACACGUUCGCGUUUCGGGGAUCGCUGCGGGAAGCAGCAGUGCAUCGAGUCACGAGGUAUUCGGUCACGACCAAGCUAAAGUGAGCGAGAGGAAGAUAGUAUUUAUAUUUUUGCAAGCGUGCAUCGCGAGGAGAAAGAGAGAAGGAGCACGUGCAUCAUCACACCCGGCAGAUCUCGGCCGAUCCCCGGCGAAGACUUUGUCGACGUGUUCGCGACACCUGGUAUACGAGUUAAUCCCAGUAUAGGUGUGCGUGUGUGUGUGCGUGCGUGGUGCAGCUUCGUCGGUUGUUCUCGACGGGGCGGAUAGAAGUAAAACACACACCGUCGAAGAAGACAUAUAUAUAUAUAUAUAUAAAUAUAUAUAUAUACACGAAGAGGCGAACAUCGGUGGUCGACUGAUACACCACCGAGAGUCGAGGCAGCGGAGUCCGGUUGAUGGAUGAGACUGGCAAUAUGCUGCAACACGGAGGUUCAGGUGUGGGUCUGAUGGGUGGAAACCAGGGCCAGGCGGCCCAGAACACCGCCGGCUACGGCAGCAUGGGGCCGGUCGACGGCACCGCGACCCAGGGUCCCGACCAGGCGGUCGAGGCCAGGAAACAGGACAUCGGCGAGAUCCUGCAACAGAUCAUGAACAUCACGGAUCAGAGCUUGGACGAGGCGCAAGCGAGGAAACACACUCUCAACUGCCAUAGGAUGAAGCCCGCCCUGUUUUCCGUCCUCUGCGAGAUCAAGGAGAAAACUGUUCUGUCAUUGAGAAAUACGCAAGAAGAGGAGCCGCCAGACCCGCAGCUAAUGCGGUUGGACAACAUGUUGAUCGCCGAGGGGGUCGCUGGACCAGAGAAGGGUGGCGGCGCUGGAGCUGCCGCUUCUGCAUCCGCAGCAGCCGCUGCUGGUCCACCUGGUCAACCAGACAACGCCAUUGAGCAUUCGGAUUACAGAGCCAAACUCGCCCAGAUUAGGCAAAUUUAUCACCAGGAGUUAGAAAAAUACGAACAGGCUUGUAACGAAUUCACCACUCACGUGAUGAACCUGUUGAGGGAGCAGAGUCGCACCAGGCCGAUCACGCCGAAGGAAAUCGAAAGGAUGGUUCAAAUUAUCCACAAGAAGUUCUCCAGCAUUCAGAUGCAGCUCAAACAGUCCACCUGCGAAGCCGUGAUGAUUUUGAGGAGUCGAUUCUUGGACGCCAGACGUAAGAGAAGAAAUUUCAGUAAACAGGCAUCUGAAAUUCUAAACGAAUACUUCUACUCCCAUCUCAGUAAUCCUUAUCCAAGCGAAGAGGCGAAGGAGGAGCUGGCACGAAAAUGUGGAAUUACCGUAAGCCAGGUGUCCAAUUGGUUCGGAAAUAAAAGGAUACGCUAUAAGAAGAACAUCGGUAAAGCGCAGGAAGAGGCGAAUCUGUACGCGGCCAAGAAAGCAGCUGACUUGGAACCAAGAUGGAGGAAGUCUCAUCACAGUAAAUCAUUAGCAGCUUUUGCAGGAGCAUCGCCGUACAGCAUGGGCGGUGCCAGCCAGGGCACCCCGACGCCGAUGAUGUCGCCGGCGCCGCCAGGAGGACCCCAGGACAUGGCCGGAUACAGCAUGGGAAUAAACGGAAGUGAAUACGGUUCGCAGCCGUACAACGACGGCUCCAUGGGAUACGACCCGAUGCACCAGGGCAAGGCAUUGGCUGGGGGGCCAGGCGCGCCGGGAUGGAUGCAACAACGCGAAGCGGUGCCCGAAUUUCCGCCACUCCACGAUUCAGCGGACUCUGAUUCCGACCGGGAAAACGAAAAGCGACCGCGCGUCUAAGACUUCUGUGUUUUUUUUUUCUUUUUAUUUUCCUUCCAUCUUUUCUGCGUCGAGACAAACACGCAAUAUUAUUAGGCGAGAGAGAUUGUGCGAACGAUGCGUGUAGAGAGGAGCGAGCGAGAAAUAUACAUCUCUCACACAGACACACACAUACGCAUACAUAUAGCUCUCCCCCAUCGAUACGAAAGAGAAAAAAAAUACCCGUAUACGAUUUCAAUCGUUCGCUAAUGUGUUCCGAAUAUGAGAAGCGUUCGUUCUCGAUUAAUUUUCUCGUUUGGCUGUAUUAUUGGAGGGAUACGUGCAGAUGGAUGUGUGUGUCGCGGAAAACAAAUUCUGGUUAAUUUAAAAUAAUCAGCUGUUGACACUGACAGUUGAGAAGGAGUCUCGCGUUUGCAUCCCUUUCACGUAUCCUCGAUAUCCGGUCUUACCUUAUAGCGAGCAAUUUUAACGAGAAUCUGCGGAUGAGAAUAAUAGUAGAGACACGCGAGCGACGAAAGCGCAGGUCAGUGUGCUCUCCUUAAGGCGGAAGUUCGUUUCUCGGAAGAUAAUAGAGGUCGACGUACACACGCAUCUAGCUAGGGAAAGAGCGUAUACAAAUCAGAGGUAAUUUCCUUGCUCUACGAGCUGACGGUGUUUCCAAAUCCCUUGAAUCAAAAGCUGCGCGAAAACGUCAUUUCCAAGCUGUUUUUAAGUCAUUCGAUUUCUCGUUUUGCAAAAUUUUAUCUAGGAAUCAUAUAAUCACGUCUUGACAGUCUAAAAAAUUUAUUUUUAUUAAAAUUAUUUAAAAUUAUCUUUUUUUUUUAAUUAAAAUUAUCUUCUGCUUAAAAUGAGCUUCCGAAAAAAUUAAUUUUGGAAACACUCCUCUGCCAUCUUUUCGAAAUUACACGUAUACACACAAUCACAUAUGACUCUUCUCUCCAUGCGAUUUUACAUCUUAAUGCCUUGUUACUCGUUUUCUCGACAUGUCAACCCUUUUUUAUGUAAUGCUAGCGAAUAUCUCUUAUGUUUAUUUACGAUUUAAGUCCCGGGCCUUCUUAUUAUCUUUUAAGUUCAGCUUCAAGAUCCCAUGCGCUGAUGAUCUGUCACAUUGCGUUAUACCAAGAGGUUCAAACAUGCAUAGAGAAAAGAAAAUGAACGUCUCAUUGCUAUUGUGAAUAGAUCAAUUGUCAGUGACAAUUUGUUAAUGAAGAUUAAGUUAAGAAAUUCAUCUUUAAUAUAGUUAAUUAAUUUUAUUUUUGUAUAUAUAAUAUAAAAAGAUUGUAUACAGCUUAUAUAUACUUCAGAAUUCGUAUAUAUAAGUAUAUUAUCCUAUAUGUAUAUCCAAGAGCUGCUGUUGAAAAAUUCGUUCUCGACGUCGCAUCCGUAGCUUUGAACCUAUUGGAGCAAUAUUUUUAAAUCGCUCGCAUUCUCGAUUCCAGCAAUGCGAAAAUCACAUUGUCCGAGCGAUUGCGUUAGAAAAUUGAUGUGCAUGACCGUAUAUUUGCGACCGAGCUCGAAAAAAAAAAUUGCGAGCCGUUUUCCAUCUCUCCUUCUCGCCCUUCCUCCCAUGAUUUUUUUCUUUUUUUUUCUCUCUAAUUACGCUACCCCAAGCACGAAAUCUCAUUAAAAUUUGUUUCUUUCAAACUUAUUUCUUCGUCUUUGUCAAUUCCAUUAUUCGACAUACAUCGUACAUAAUGCACACGUACACAUACACACAGCAUCGAAUCCGAAAUCGGGAGCGACUCGAGAUGACAACCGAUCAGCUGUUUUUGACGUUUCGGUGAAUUCUCGAGCGCGGCCAUUCGAUCGGACUCGAUCCACAAAACACAUGAUUGCGCCUGUCUACCCUUAGUUAGUCGUACGUACGUAGGUACAUAUGUAUUGUGUAUACGUAUAUACAUGUGUAUAAAAAAUAUAUAUAUAUAUAUAUAUAUAUAUAUAUAUAUUCUAUAUACUUUUUUGCGCGUAUCUGUAUAACUCGCACGUCAAUCCACGUGGCGGAGAAGAAGAGAUCUGUUGUUAUUAACUAAUCGAGUAGAGGAUUGCGUUUUAAGAGACAAAAAAUGGAAAAAAUUCUUCGAUUGGACGUGCACGCGCGAAUAUGGUUGCUCAGAAAUAUUUUUCUCUCCAUAAGUCAUAGAAUUUUAUCCGGAUAUAAAAGAAACAAUUUAUUUAUAAUUUGUUAUAUUGUACAUAUGAUAUCGAGUUCCGCGAACAUUAGAUAAAAUCAAAUCAAAAUGUUAUAUUUCGAUUUCUCUUGCAAAUCUUUUCGGACGAUUUUUUCCGAUGCUACACGAUGUGAGUGAUUUUUGCGCGCGUACACGGCCGGAUGCUGUUUGCUUUCAGGAGCUGUCGCCUUGAAAUCCUUAGGAGAAACGCAGGAAGAACGCAUACUGACAAAUUUAAAGAGAGAAAAGAGAGAGUGUGUGUGAAUGAGUGAGAAAAAAGAAAGUGAGAGAAAGAAAAGAGUAUUAAAAAAAAGAAUACGAUAGAGACCGCAUUGUUAUCGCGAUAACGCUCGCGCAAUCCGAUCACCUCACUAUCUGUGAUCCGAGGCCCGUCUUUGAACGGCGGGUAAUACGAACUAAAAAUCGAUAUUAAGCUAUUAAGAUUACAUAACGCGCUCGUGUCUGGAGGCACUCGUGUUCUCGCCCCUCAAUCCCGGUCAGAAUUUAUCUGUCUUCACGGAAGCGAGGAUCCCUCCUCGAAUAAAAAUUUGGAAACGAUAUAUCGAUAUAUCGAAAAAUUCGAAAUUCUCAUAUUUACACGUAUAAAUGCAUUUUUUUUUAAAUUUUUCGUCUUUUAUUACAUCAUUAAUUACAAGAUUGGAAAAUGUAAAUUGCGAAGAAGCAAAUCUUCCUCUCGUUCCAAAUUUUAAGAAUAUAACCGGUAAAUCUUGCCAGUAUAUAGCAUUGAAUUUUUCAUAUUUGUCAGCUUUUUGCGGCAUAAAAAGUUGCCUUUUAAAAUCGACGCGUGAAACGUCAUAAACUUACGAGAGGAUCUUCUUCGUUCCACGGUGAUGUUUCUUCCGGUACGAUUUUCUGCAAACGUGCGAUCCGUUUUGGCUUUGAGAAAUCUUCAUCAACACGAAUGCUUCCAGCCAUCGACGACAGUGUUUCCCCUUCUCCCCUCUUUGCGAUCCAUCAAAAGCAAAAAAAAAAUAUAUAACAGAAUGGAAUGCUAUACAUAAGAGACGCGUUGAAAGAAAAACGAGAUGUGAGAAUGAGCGAGA